GUGGCGUUAAACACCAAAGCGCUUGUUAUGAGAGGGACGCCGCUAAUGAUAGAAGCGCGUGAAACCGUAGUAAUGUCUCUCUACCGAAACACCGUUUGGUUCCUAAAAGGUCUACAGGAAUAUACGAAGAGCGGUUAUGAGGCAGCGGAGAGGCGCUUCAGCGCGGCGGAUCUAGAGGCGAGUGUGAGCGGCUGCUCGUUCAUGAUCACCGGGGCUAACAGUGGCAUCGGUAAAGCAGCCGCCUGCGAAAUUGCCAAAAGAGGUGGGACAGUACACCUGGUGUGCAGAAAUAAAGAUCGGGCAGAGGAGGCGAGAAAAGAGAUUGUGGAUCAUAGUAAAAAUGAGAAUGUACAUGUCCACCUUGUUGACAUGUCAAGCCCCAGGAAAGUGUGGGAGUUUGCCAAUGGAUUCUCUCAGAACUACAGUCUAGAUGUUCUGAUCAAUAAUGCUGGCUGCAUGGUAAAUCAGAGAGAACUGACAGAGGAUGGCCUGGAGAAAAACUUUGCAACCAACACACUUGGGACGUAUGUUAUGACAACAGCACUGAUUCCCACACUGAUAAAGUCACAGAAUCCCAGAGUGAUCACUGUGUCAUCUGGUGGGAUGCUGGUUCAGAAGUUGAAUGUUGAAGACCUUCAGUUUGAGAAAGGCCCUUUUGAUGGGACCAUGGUGUAUGCACAGAACAAGAGGCAACAGGUGAUCAUGACAGAGCAAUGGGCCGCUCAGCACAAAGAAAUCCACUUCUCAUCCAUGCAUCCAGGCUGGGCAGAUACACCAGCGGUGCGGACAUCCAUGCCCGACUUUUAUGCUAAGAUGAAGAAUAAACUCCGUACUGAAGUGCAAGGUGCCGACACAGUGGUGUGGCUGGCCGUAUCAGAUGCUGCUAGCAGACAGCCCAGUGGCCUCUUCUUCCAAGACAGAAAAGCUGUUUCUACACACCUGCCCCUGGCCUCCUCCAGGUCCUCACCAUCUGAAGAAGAGAAGCUGAUGAGCACGCUGGAGCAGCUUGCUGUUAAUUUCAAGUGCCAAUCAGUUUAGUUCAAAAUCCCCUGGAGGCUUGAGGAUCAAAAAUAUGUAAUUCCACAGAGAGACUAAAGUAAAUGUGCUUCCUGUAGAACUGAGUUCUAAAUGUUUUAUAAAAGGUGAUUAGAAUAUUUGAAUAGCUGAAAUUGCAACACGCUAUACAACACUCCCCAUGAAAUGUACAAGUACUGUAGAGUUUGAUCAGCCCAUGCAGACGAAGUUAUGAUGCCAGCAUCCUGUAUUACUAUCAAGAAAUUAAAUGACACUAUAAAUGUGAAAGAAAAUGUAUGAACAGAUAUUAUAGAAAAGGGUUUACCCCUUCUCUUAUACACACAAAUGAGUUUACUAUCUGUUAACCUGCUAAUUAUUAAGUAUUAAUGACCAUAUUUUAAUUUAUAUGACCAUUUGUGGCUGAUGAGAUAAUUCUUAAUAAAAGAUAAUAAAUGCUACAUCUA